AUGCAGUACAUUCUCGUCGCCUCUCUCCUCACCUCUGCUGUUUACGCUGCUCCUUACGCUCAGGUUCAGCAGCAGAACCCCAACGCCCGACCAGCAACCACCCCCAACAACCCCACUGGUCAGGGUGCUGGCAUCGCCAACGGUCAGACCCCUACCGCCAGCGAUCUCGCCACUGCCGUCUCCAACUGGAUGGCCGACACCUCCAUGGUCUCCAACUUCCUGAACAACGGUGCCAGCAUCCAGAACAACGUCCAGUUCAAGCAGGCCGCUACCGUUGCCUACAACGCCGAGGUCGACGAGCUCAACCAGAAGGCCGUCAUCGACGCUGCCAACAGCGCUGACCCCAACGUCAUUGCUGCCAACAGCACCCUUGCCACUGGCGGUGCUUUCCAGGAUGUUGUUGACAAGCUCCAGCAAAUGUCCAUCCAGGGUAUGGCUGCCGCUGGCAACAUCGACCUGAUCAACCAGAACCGCUGUGUCAACGUUCUCCCCAACAUCGAUGCCUACAUGGCCUCCACCGGCUCUUCCAGCCAGGCUGUCCGCCCUACCGCAUGCAACCAGACUGGUGUCAUCAACGGUGUCCAGGGAACUGGUCCUACGCAGCCCGGCGCGCCUGCAGGUAGCCCUGCGGCUGCUUUCGCUGCUGCCCAGGCUCUUGCCCAGGGAACUGGCAACGGUCUGGUCCAGAACGGUGCCACUCCUGCCGCUCAAGGACAAGCCGGUGCCCAGGGCCAAGCUGCCCAGGGCCAAGCUGGUGCUCAACGACCGGCUGGUGGUGCUCAAGGCCAGGCUGGCGCUCAAGGACAGGCUGGCGCUCAAGGACAGGCUGGCGCUCAAGGACAAGCUGGUGCUCAGCGCCAGGCCGGUAACUAA